GGAGCCGGACAGUCGCUCGCGAAGGGCCGCUCAGCUCCUGCUCUCGCAGCGUUCUCGCCCCAGCUCUCCCGAGGCGGCCGUACAAUCCUCGGCAGUGUCCUGAGACUGUAUGGUCAACGCAGCGGCCCGGCCCCGGACUUCCUCCAACCUUCGAGCUCCCGGCGUUCGAGCCACUUCUUUUUAAUUUUCUUUUCUCUCUUUCUUUCUUUUUUUUUCUUUUAAGAGCCAGUAAAGUGACUCCUUUUCGAGGGAAAAAGGAACUUUGGUUGCCUUCUCGCUGCCCUCUUUUCGCGUUGACAACCUCUUCCCAUUCCUUUCCCCGACCCCGCCUCCCGGGCAGGUUCCUCCCCGUCACCUUUCUCCACCCCCCACCCCCGCACCUAGCCAGGCGCCCGCAAAUUUCCACCUGACUGUGCGGGGCGCUCGGGACCUGCGAACACUUAGGACUUUUCCACCGGCCCAGGCCUCGGAGGGGGUGAAGAGCCACAUCUGCAGCCUCCACUGACCGAAAAGCUCUGGUGCUCGGCGUCUCCAGGGGCUACAGCAGCAAUGACAGCUGACAAGGAGAAGAAAAGGAGUAGCUCGGAGAGGAGGAAGGAGAAGUCCCGUGAUGCUGCAAGAUGCCGGCGGAGCAAGGAGACGGAAGUCUUCUACGAGCUCGCCCAUGAGCUGCCCCUGCCUCAAAGCGUGAGCUCCCACCUGGACAAGGCCUCCAUCAUGCGGCUGGCUAUCAGCUUCCUGCGAACACACAAGCUCCUCUCCUCAGUGUGCUCUGAAAAUGAGUCUGAAGUGGAGUCUGACCAGCAGAUGGACAACUUGUACCUGAAAGCCUUGGAGGGUUUCAUUGCCGUGGUGACCCAAGAUGGCGACAUGAUCUUUCUUUCGGAAAACAUCAGCAAGUUCAUGGGACUCACACAGGUGGAGCUAACAGGACACAGUAUCUUUGACUUCACCCACCCUUGCGACCACGAGGAGAUCCGUGAGAACCUGAGUCUCAAAAAUGGCUCUGGAUUUGGGAAGAAAAGCAAAGACAUGUCCACAGAGCGGGACUUCUUCAUGAGGAUGAAGUGCACGGUUACCAACAGAGGCCGGACCGUCAACCUCAAGUCAGCCACCUGGAAGGUCUUGCACUGCACUGGCCAGGUGAAGGUCUACAACAGCUGCCCCCCUCACAGUAGUCUCUGCAGCUUCAAGGAGCCCCUGCUCUCCUGCCUCAUUAUCAUGUGUGAACCCAUCCAGCACCCGUCCCACAUGGACAUCCCCCUGGACAGCAAGACCUUCCUGAGCCGCCACAGCAUGGACAUGAAGUUCACCUACUGCGAUGACAGAAUCACAGAACUGAUUGGCUACCACCCUGAGGAGCUUCUCGGCCGCUCAGCCUAUGAGUUCUACCAUGCCCUGGAUUCAGAGAACAUGACCAAAAGUCACCAGAACCUGUGCACCAAGGGUCAGGUGGUGAGUGGCCAGUACCGGAUGCUUGCAAAGCACGGAGGCUAUGUGUGGCUGGAGACUCAGGGGACCGUCAUCUACAACCCCCGCAACCUGCAGCCCCAGUGCAUCAUGUGUGUCAACUACGUCCUCAGUGAGAUUGAGAAGAACGAUGUGGUGUUCUCCAUGGACCAGACAGAAUCGCUGUUCAAGCCCCACCUGAUGGCCAUGAACAGCAUCUUUGACAGCAGUGGCAAGGUGGCCGGGUCUGAGAAGAGCAACUUCCUGUUCACCAAGCUGAAGGAGGAGCCCGAGGAGCUGGCCCAGCUGGCACCCACAGCAGGAGACGCCAUCAUUUCUCUGGAUUUUGGGAGCCAGAACUUCGAGGAGUCCUCAGCCUACGGCAAAGCCAUCCUGCCCUCGUGGGCUGAGGAGCUGAGGAGCCACUGCAGUGCCCAGAGCAAGGCCGGGAGCCUGCCCGCCUUCACUGUGCCCCAGGCAGCCAACCCGGGCAGCACCACGCCCAGCACCAGCACCAGCAGCAGCUGCUCCACGCCCAGCAGCCCUGAGGAGCAUUACCCAUCUCUGGAUGAUGAUCUGAAGAUUGAAAUGAUUGAGAAGCUCUUUGCCGUGGACACCAAGACAAAGGAGCAGUGCAACCCCCAGACUGAUUUCAAUGAGCUGGACUUAGAGACACUGGCACCCUAUAUCCCCAUGGAUGGAGAAGACUUCCAGCUGAGCCCCAUCUGCCCAGAGGAGCGGCUCUUGCCAGAGAAUCCCCAGUCCAAUGCCCCGCACUGCUUCAGCACCAUGACAAACAUCUUUCAGCCACUGGCCCCUAUGGCCUCGCACAGCCCCUUCCUCCUGGACAAGUAUCAGCAGCAGCUGGAAAGCAAGAAGACAGAGCCUGAGCACCGGCCCAUGUCCUCCCUUUUCUUUGAUGGUGGAAGCAAGGUGUCCCUGCCACCAUGCUGUGGCCAGGCUAGCACCCCUCUCUCCUCCAUGGGGGGCAGAUCCAACACACCAUGGCCUCCUGAUCCGCCAUUACAUUUUGGAUCAACAAAGUGGUCUCUUGGGGAUCAGCACACUGAGUCCUUAGGGGCAUCACCGUUGGGACCCCCUGUUACCUCACCCCAUCUCUCCAUGUUCAGGAAGAGGUCUGCAAAGGGGUUUGGGCCUCCGGGCCCAGAUGUGAUGAGCCCGGCCAUGGUAGCCCUCUCCAACAAGCUGAAGCUGAAGCGGCAGCUGGAGUAUGAAGAGCAAGCCUUCCAAGACGCGAGUGGGGGGGAUCCACCAGGCAGCAGCACUUCACAUUUGAUGUGGAAACGGAUGAAGAGCCUCAGGGGUGGGAACUGCCCUUUGAUGCUGGACAAGCCACUGAGUGCAAACGUCCCCAUGGAUGAGUUCACUCAAAACCCCAUGAGGGGCCUGGGCCAGCCCCUGAGACACCUGCUGCCGCCCCAGCCGCCAUCUGCCAUGAACCCCACAGAAAAUGCCAAAAGUGGGUUCCCCCCGCAGUGUUACACCCCCCAGUACCAGGACUACAGCCUGCCGUCGGCUCACAGGGUGUCAGGUAUGGCAAGCCGGCUGCUGGGGCCCUCGUUUGAGCCCUAUCUCCUGCCCGAAUUAACGAGAUAUGACUGUGAGGUGAACGUUCCGGUGCCAGGAAGCUCCACGCUCCUACAGGGAGGGGACCUCCUCACAGCCCUGGACCAGGCCACCUGAGCCAGGCCCCGGCCGCCAGGCACCUGCCCACCCGUCCACCAGCUUCUUUCUCUAAGUCUUUUUUUGCAACUAGAUAUUUCUAACACCAACACACUUCUUGCAAGAUGUACUUACCUGGCCAACCUGCCCAGUUCACCAGUUAGUGGCCUUCUCCUGAAGAUGCUCACUUUAUUAUCCAGGUUUAAAAAAUACACAGUUGUUUUAACUGCUACGUUUUGCUCUGUCAAUGAAGAUGUUCUUAAAUUUUAUAAGAUUUUUAUUCCCCCACCUUCAAAUCCUUCUAAUUUAUAUUAUCCAUAGGUUUCCCCACUGCACACAAUAUCCAUACUAACAAGUGUGGUGUAUGCUUGUUCUGUAGGGAAAGCUUUGGCUUCAUGUAACUAAAACGAUUUGUGGUGGUGGUGGUUCUUGUUGCCAAAGAGAAACAAAAAUGAUUUUGCUUUGCAAGCUUGAUUUGUCACCUUUCCUUCCCAAAGCCCUUACCCUUUCUUUUUAUAAACUAAUCACCAUAUUGUAAAUUUUAGUCUUUUUUUUUUUAAAGCCAACUCUUUGCUCUAAUUUUGAUACCGACUUUUGGGAAAAAAAAAAAAAAAACAAUGUGAAGGGUGAACUCCAGUGUAUGUGGUUAUCUGUGAAAAUUGCACAUUGCGGCUUUUACUAAACUGUUUGGUGUUUCUUGCCCCCUACCCAUUCAGUGGAUUUAUUAUUAUUAUUAUUCAAAAAUAUAACUGAGGUUUUUUUUUUUUUUAAGAAGAUUUAUAUCUGGGUUAAGUGUUUAUCAUAUAUAUGGGUACUUUGUAAUAUCUAAAAACUUAGAAAUGGAAUCCUGCUCACAAAAUCACUUUAAGACCUUUUUUAAGCUGUUAAUUUUAUUUUUCCUGGUGUUGCUGCCACUGCAGAAUUGUACAGUUCCCCCAGGCCUGUACUAACACUGCUCUAUGUCUCUCCUCUAUGGGCUUUUUGCUUUUGUGACUUGCUAUAGGCGUGAAAAACAAUGCGAGACGUGGAAUCGUGAAGUGGGAGCAUUACGAGCUGUCUUCUCCUCAUGUUCUGUGUGUCUUAUGUAUGUAUGUAUUAUUAUUAUCACUGCCGGCAGGGUCUGACGGGCGCCGUGGGGUCAGGGGACAGGGGCAGGGCACACGCUAAGGGAGGGGAAGUGCUUUCAUCUUCCCUAAGGUUUUGUUGCUAGCCCUUCAAGUGCACUGAGCUAUGUGACUCUAAUGGUCUUUCAUGUGGCAGAUUUGGGUAUUUCAGAACUACCAUAAAAUGGUUCAGACAGGAAUGCAUGAAAGAAAGUGAAGAUUCAGAGAUGUGAUGGUCACCACCUCCUUGUAGCUCACCACCUGGGAGCCGGCGGAGCUGAACUGAGCAUGUGCGGAAAGGGAGGGCACCUGCCCUGGUCAGCCCCGUCCAGCCCCCGUCCGCUGCCCACGGUCACUUGCCCUGCAGGCCACGGGGCAGCACCCCUGCUGGCGAGUGGCAGGAGGCCCUGCAGGGGCAGGACCCUGUCUCAGGCCCUCCCUUGAUGUCUCGUUGUCACUGGAAGUGACACGUAUAGGUAGGAAGCACUGAAAAUAGUGUUCCCAGCGCACUUUGUAACUCACUGGGUAAGAGGGUGAUUGAUACCUUUUGGCUUUCUGAAUAUCAGCCACAUAGAACUUUCUGUCAGGGGUACAAUGAAGAGGUUUCUAAACAUGCAUGCACACACACACACACACAUACAGGAGGCCAAGAAUUUGGCAAGCCCAGAUGGACAUAUUUCCAUACACACACACACACACACAUACACACACACACACACAAUGAACUUUUAAAAGGAAUCUGAGUUAUAUGAGAAAAAUUAUUGGGUCAUGGUGUUGCCUCCAUCACAUAUUAGCACCGCAGCUUUGCUGGACACACGGUGGCAAACUUAAAGGGUUACUGACAUGUAAACGCUGGUGUUUGAUUUCUUGUGUGUGUGUUGCUUCAACAUUAAGGGCAUUUUACCCUUACAGUUUUACUAAAACACUGAGAAAUAUUCCAUGCUUCGUAUUAACCUUCCCUGUCAACAUGAUGAUUUCGUGAACAUUAUGUUGUUGAAUUCCUACUGACGACAUUAUAACUGUAUGGGAGCUUGACUUUAUAAGGAAAUGUAUUUUGACACUGAUAUCUUAUUAAAGUAUUCUGAUUCUA